CGCAAUCUUAUCGCGCUCCUGAUAGCAAGCACAUUAUUGCGCGCCCGUCGUCUGAGGCUCUUCUAGCCCCAAUACUCCACAAAGAUGGUCGUGACCAGUGCGGAUCAGCUGACAGAAGAACAGAUCGCCGAGUUCAAGGAGGCGUUCUCACUGUUCGACAAAGAUGGCGACGGCACCAUCACGACGAAAGAACUCGGCACCGUCAUGAGGUCGCUAGGACAGAACCCCACAGAAGCAGAGCUUCAAGACAUGAUCAACGAGGUUGACGCAGACGGCAACGGCACGAUAGACUUCCCCGAGUUCCUCACGAUGAUGGCGCGCAAGAUGAAGGACACCGACAGCGAGGAGGAGAUCCGCGAGGCCUUCCGCGUGUUCGACAAGGACGGCAACGGGUUCAUAUCGGCCGCCGAGUUGCGCCACGUCAUGACCAACCUCGGCGAGAAGCUCACCGACGAGGAGGUCGACGAGAUGAUCCGCGAGGCAGACAUCGACGGCGACGGACAAGUCAAUUACGAGGAAUUCGUCACCAUGAUGACGUCGAAGUGAGCCGCCGGCUAGUGUGUGUGUAAAAAGCAGAGAAUUUAAAUAUACAUUUUGUUUCAUGACACACAAUAUUACCAUCGUAUUGGACCUGCAUUUCUCUAGUGUUUGCGAUAUUCUGUCAUCGUUCGGUUGGGGGGGCGGCGCGGCUCGGACCGCGACCUCCGCCUCUCAUUUUUAUUUAGAUUUUAAAGUAUUCCGUUAAUUUUACUAUGUAAGAAAAAUUUUAACUGUAGCGGUACAAAGGGAACGAAUAGGUGUGCGUCGCAAAGUGAUGUUCUGUCGCCGCGAGCGUGUGUGUGUGUGUGUGGGCGCCCCUUGCAUGCGGCACGGCCCGCACCUUUCCGAUACAUUUUAAUGUAAAUUUUUUUCAAGUAUGAGAUAUUUAUAAAGUACGUGAAGAUUAAAAAUUUAAAAAAUCCCAAAAAAAAAAUACUGUCCCGUAAGUGAUGCGGCGGUUCGCCGCCGGCUGUACAUUAAUGGUCAUAAUAAAUGUUUAAAUCGAACUAACUCAGUAAACGAAUAAAUUAGAUUUAUCGGUA